CGCCAGGCGGGGAUCAGGACUGCGGGCCAGGGCUUGCCCCCUGUCGCUACGCUCUGCGUGCGUGUCGGCCAAGGAAGGCACAACCUGAGCCGGUUCCUUCUGUUCCCCAACACUCACUCGCUCACUCGCUCACCCAGCUGUUGCUCCUCCCCUCGGCUAUAUAAGCCCCAGCCCGGCGAGAGGGAGAGAGAGGCAGGCCGUUCUUCUGCCAAGGGACUUGUGCAAAGAGCACCUCUCGGCUUCCUCCCUCUUCGGCUCUCUGUCCCCGGGAGGAUUCGGUUUCCAGAUGUUGGUGCAGCUGAAGACGGCUUUCCAGCAGGCCGGCAAGAUGUCGGAAGGGGCCCUCGCUAAGCUGGAGGCGAAUAUCCUCGUCAUCGGGGCCGAGAAAGUGGGGAAAUCGGCCUUGACAGUUCGGUUUCUGACUCGAAGGUUUAUUGGCGAAUAUGGCAAUAUUGAAUCAAUUUACACCCACAAUGUGUUGAUGGGCAGCCGGGAGGUUUGCUUCAGCAUCUGGGACUCUGUCUGCCCACAGACGACCGGCUUCCAGGGCUGCCUGAAUGAAAAACAGCUCCGGUGGGCAGACGGCUUCAUCGUCGUCUACAGCAUCUGUGACCGCGCCAGCUUCCAUUUUGCCCGCCAGCAGCUCCAGCGGAUCCAGCAGCUGAAGAGGAAGGGCGGGGCUGAGAAGGCGCCGGUCAUCUUGGUGGGGAACAAGCGGGACCUGCAGCACCGCCGGAGCGUCUCCAGCGAGGAAGGCCGGCUCCUGGCACUUUCCACCGACUCGGGCUUUUUCGAGAUCUCGGCCGCCGAGACCUACCACGGAGCCCUGGUGGUCUUCCACGAACUCCUCGACAUGGUACGGGACUCUCGGAGUUCCACUCGGAAGGCCGUGGGCCUCCGGGGAAUCGUACGCAGUAUGUCCGCCGUCUUUGGGCGGAGGAGGACUGAAUGAGGACGGAGGCGGUUUGGUCCUCGGGCGGACAAAGCCGGGAGGAAAGGCGACUCUGGAGAACAAUGGAAGAAUAUCUGUGUCGGUUCUCAGUUGGAUGUACCUUGUUCCGCAAGGAACGCAUCUCAGAUGACACGACCACAGAUAACAAGGGAAGAGGAGUGAGACAUCUAGGAAUGUGCAGCAUAAUCUGUAGAAACCAGGUGACUGGUUUCUCUCUUGUCAGCAUGACCCACCUUUGGAAAUUUUGCAGUUCUGUACCUUCGGAACAGUGUUAUUGGGACACAGAGAUCAGACUUGGCGUGUGGAAGAGAGAACCAAACGGCUGCUCUGGAGCAUGUGCAGAGUGCCGUUCCCUCGCUAAGAAGUAACGAGGCUCCAGUGCCUCCGAAAUGAGAGGGUGGGUCCUCCGGGUCGGAAGGAGACCUCUCUUCAUCACUUAAUUGCUCUGUGGCUGCUUCGUUGAAAAGAAGCAGAACACUCCCGCGGUGAAAUGUUGCUGUGCAACCUUUGAGAGACCCUGCAGGGGCUGGAGAAACGAUUAGCUUGAUUAGGAGGAAAAUAACAGGGCUCGGGUGAUCUCGAAACCUUUCAGUGCUAGAACCCCACCGAAUCUGACAGCAGGCGAAUGCAAUCUGCACACAGAACAUUCUCUUUAAUUGUGUACUUGAAGGCUGAGGCACUUUGGAUUUUUAGAAGCCCUCGAGGUAGCUUCAGAUCUCAGCUGCACACAGCCCUGAUUCCUCUUUUAAAAGAGUUCUCAAAUGGCUGGAUCGCGGAGGCGGCUUUUUCAGAACUCUUUAAGCCGUGUAGGAGGAAAAAACUAACUUUUCUUUUUCGGUCUGGAAAGGAAAUGGAACGUUUACCCUCUUUCUUUUACGAUUAUCACACAGGUUUCUUUCUCACUUUGGGGUUCAGACUUGGCCAAACGGGCAAUCACAAUAAUUUAUUGAAACCCUUGGGAUGCAAAACUGCUACGAUGGCUAAGAUCCAUUGUAAUGGCCUCAUUGUCCCCUCUCAGGCAGAAAUGCUGGACUUGUUUUGUGGACGUAGUUUCCCACCAGUCUUCAAGGCAAACCGCUUCUGCAGCAGGGAAAUUUCAAGUCUGUUGCAAUUGAUUUCUUCACAUUGUGUUCAAAUUCUGGCCUGACUCUAUUUUGAACAAGGGAUAUGCAUGAAAUUAGCAUGAAUAUGGAACCAUUGAAUAGAGUGGAGAAUCGUUCGAAUCGAUGCAGAUUUGCCCAACCUCGAAUUUGCCAUGAUUCAAUUCAAGGUUGGGCAAAUUCGAAUCGAUUCAAAUGGAUCUCCACUCUUUUCAAUGGUUGGAUUCAAUGGUCCCAAAUCAAAUCAAUUUCAAAUUUGAUUUGAAUUUAGAUCGAUUUGUGCAAAUUUGGUGUAAAUCCCUAUUUUGAACAUGGGGAUCAGAAACAUCCAUGCAGAUCAGGCUAGCUGCAUUUCCCCCCUAUUACAGUUUGAACCUGGCACCCUGCCCUGAUACCAGCUGUUGAUUUGAGGUGCCUGAGUCUGCUAUCCAAGCCCACUUACCAAUGUUAGUAUAUGGUAUAUUUCCAGCAGAAACUGGCUGUACACAGAGCUGAUUGGCUAGAACCAAUGAUAUCAUGAACCUAAGUCUUCUCUCCUCCUCAAAGCCUUUGCAAUGCAUCUGACAGACUUAAUAGCAAGUGAUUUUUAAUACUGACAGACUCCGUAGACCAUAAUGCUCCUCUCUGCUUCAGGUGGGCUGGUCAUCAUUUUUUUUAAAGAUGCAUUUUCAGUUUAUUCAUUUAAAAUGUAUAAUUGUUCUACCCCCUCCUUUAAAAAAAAUAGACUCAACUAAUAUUGAAAAAUUGCUUUGGGAGAAUUUAGGUUAGUGAGAGCAUUGGUUCUAGCCAGUCAGUACUGAGUAUAGUCAGCUUCUGCUAGAAACACACCAAACUGCUCACAUGUGGUGAAUGGGCUUCUGUAGCAGGCUGAUCGCUCAAAUUAUGUACAUCUGUAGGCACCCCAACUCAGAAGUGGGCAACAGAAUAAUAUAACGGUUUCUUGGAGUAGAAGACCUUCAGGAUUCCUUCCAAGUCUAUGAACUUUCUUUAGAUAAUAUGGUCUCGUCAUUAAAAGGGAAAAAAACGAUUCUCUGGUUGUGAUAUUUCUAGGUCAAGAUUCUAGCCCUGGUGCAUUAACAAAUUCAGGAAUAUGUUCUUGAUUUCACCAGUUAAGCCUUCAUCCCUUUUUGAAUUUGCCUCCAUCCCGUGGGUAAAAUGCUUGGGGCGGUGGGGCGGGUUGGGACAGCAAGUUACUGUCUAUGGUGAAGGAAAACUAUUUUAUCUUAUCAGACAGUUGUUUGGGGAGAUUUCUGUUUACAUUCAAAUGUAUUUUGUUAUUUAACUUUUCUGUCAGGGAUGCUGGCAGGAAGAUUCUUGCUCUCUGUUGUUAUAUGGCUGAUUAAUAAAACGGUUGUUAUUUAUGA